AUGAGGGCUAAUUCUCUUAUUCUCGGCUUCGCGGCCUCUGUGUCGGCGAAUAUCAUCUUCACCCAUGUCCCGCUCAGCUGCAACUUGACUGAUCCACGCAUGUACCACGGCUGUCUCCGUGGCCAGGAGUGCAAUGAGGUUGGACAAUGCGUUCCGACGAUUGUAAUCCAGGGCAUUCAAGUCAGAGAUGUCCUGUACUCGAAAGACGGUUCUUGUGGUCCAAAGAAUGGAAACACAAUCUGCGACCCUAACAGCAAGGCUUAUAUCGGUGGAUGCUGCUCGCAAUAUGGCUGGUGUGGAAAUACUGCUGAUUAUUGUGGUACUGGCUGUAUCUCUGGCUGCCCUGCGCCGGUUGCCCCUCGAGGCGAUGGACAAUGUGGUGCUAAAUACGGUGGUGCGACGUGUGACCCCAAGGGUGAAUUUGGUGGCUGCUGCUCACAAUACGGAUUCUGCGGAUCUUCCGAUGGGCACUGCUUUGUUUCGAACGGCUGUCAGAGUGGGUGCAAAGGUAGCGCCUCACCUACCACCUCCCAGGAACCAGUCAUCGGUCCAGUCAGCUCUACCAUGCCAGCUGGAGCCACUGCAACCGCUCGCGUUACCACUGAUGGCACAUGCGGAACUUCGAAUGGCAAUACAGUCUGUGGAAGCUUGUGGAAUGAUUGCUGUUCCAUGUAUGGAUUUUGCGGAAACACAAGCGCGCACUGUGGUGCUGGAUGUCAAUCUGGCAAAUGCCUGAGUGCUCCCGUCGUUGCUGCCCCAGGUGCAAGCUCAGCUCCAGCUGCUCCCAAUGGAGGAUCAUUCACGGUUGUCGGCCAAGCUGGAGUUCCUGCGAUGCACGCUGGUCUCAUGCCCAACGGACGUGUUUUCUUCCUCGACAAACUGGAGAACUACACACAGCUGAGGACCGCAAAUGGAUAUUAUGCCAUGUCAUCCGAGUACGACCCAGUCACCAACAAGGCAGUACCACUUGGAUAUGUGACAAACGCUUUUUGUUCUGGCGGAGCUUUCCUUGCCGACGGACGCGUGGUCUCACUUGGGGGUAAUGCUCCUUUGACAUGGUUAGAUCCCAACAUCGGCGAUGGCUUCACAGGUAUCCGAUACCUUGGGAGAUCGUCCACAGAUGCAAGCCUCAACGGCCAGUACUGGAGCGAGCCUGGCAACAAGCUCGCAAGUGCUCGGUGGUAUGCAAGUGCGCAGACCAUGCCCGAUGGAACCAUUUUCGUAGCCUCGGGGAGCUUGAAUGGUCUUGAUCCAACCGUUCUCUCCAACAACAACCCCACAUACGAAAUCCUGAGCCCUACUGCCGUCAGUCGUGGAGUCAACAUUGAACUGGCAAUUUUGAAAAAGAACCAGCCCUACUAUAUGUACCCAUUUGUUCAUCUUCUCAACGACGGAUCGCUGUUUAUCUUCGUAUCGAAGGCAUCCCAGGUCUUCAAUGUCGGAUCGAACACUGUCGUCAAGGGGCUGCCAGAUCUCCCCGGAGACUACCGUACCUACCCUAACACCGGUGGAAGCGUCCUCCUUCCGUUAUCAAGCAAAAACAACUGGGCUCCGGAUAUUGUGAUUUGCGGCGGGGGCGCUUACCAGGAUAUCACAAGCCCAACUGAUCCUAGCUGUGGUCGAAUCCAGCCACUCAGUGCGAGCCCUGCAUGGGAGAUGGACUCGAUGCCAGAGGGACGCGGUAUGGUUGAAGGUACGCUGCUUCCUGAUGGAACCGUUGUCUGGAUGAAUGGUGGAAGUCGAGGAGCUCAGGGCUUCGGUCUGAUGAAUAAUCCUUCGUUGGAGGCCCUCCUUUACGAUCCGGCGAAGCCACUAGGCCAACGAUUCUCCACGCUCGCUCGCUCGACUAUCCCACGCUUGUACCACUCUGUCUGUCUCCUCCUUUUGGAUGGUACAAUGAUGGUUGCUGGCUCGAACCCAGUUGAGAUGCCCAUGAACCAACCCGAUGCGGCCAAUCCAUAUGUUACUGAGUGGCGUGUCGAGAACUAUGUUCCUCCAUAUCUCCAAGGAGCCAAGGCCAAUCAACGACCGACGAACAUUGUGCUGGGAAGCAAGACGCUACGUGCUGAUGGAAGCCAGUUCACAGUCACUUGCACACUUCCACAUGCUUCCGACAACAUCAAGGUGGUUCUCUACCACGGAGGUUUCAUUACUCAUUCCGUUCAUAUGGGACACCGCAUGUUGAACCUCGACAUUGUCAAGUCAGCACAAGGGUCGUUGACAGUCAAUGGUCCCCCAAAUUACAAUGUGGCUCCGCCAGGACCUUAUGUGGUUUAUGUUUUGGUAGACGGCGUGCCCGGUGUUGGGCAGUUCGUCCGAGUAGACUGA